AUGUUGGAUCGCUCCCUUUCAGUGAUAUUUUGGUUUGCCCUGAGUUUGUUGGCAAUUGCUGAUUUUGAUGGCUUUUGCGAAGUUCAUCUCAGCGCUUGCAGAUUGUUUUGUGCUGCGAUCGUGUGUCGAUUGAAGGAGGUAUGUGGCGUAGCGUGUGGCGAUUUCGCGCUUGGAAAACAUCUAGCAUUUCGUUUACCAUUUGUAUUUGUUCUUUCGGCUGUAUAA